UCGAUAAUUUUGUGUUUGUCUUUUGUAAGGUGCGACGAGAUUGGAGAGAGCGGCUAGGCCUAGCUUAUCUCAUGUCACCGAGAUAAGUUACAUCUAAGUAGACCGUCUGGAAUUCCAAACUUGCCAGGGCUCAUACAUAACAUUUCAUUUGACCUUUAUGUUACAGCAAUUUAUGGAGGACGUUAUCCGAUCACCUAGUCAAGAAUAAUGAGCUAUUUACUUUCACCAAAUAUGACUGAGCAACUCCGAAUAUUCGCAGAUCGGGUUGCGGUACGGGCUGUUUACAUCGCCAGUAACAUGGCGGAGUAUGCCGGGGAUAUAGCUGAAGGCAUACAAACCGGUUCCGUCGAUGUUAUAGACAUUUUUGUCCUAUGUUUUGUAUUUUUUUGUUUUUUAAUUGUAACUGUUGUUUCAUUAGUUGAUUUUAAACGUCGAAAGAGGAAGGAAAGUGUUGAUUUUAGAGACGAAAAAGGCCAACCUCCGACACAGGUGACGGGAAGUCAUUCUACUGCACAGCGACCGGGUGGUUUGGUCGGAGGCCUAGACGAGCCAUGUCAAUGGAUAAAUUCCCUGGUGUCUUGGUUCUAUAUGCACCAAACACAAACACCAGAGGUGGUUACGAAUUGGAUGAGAGCAUUGAAUGAACAGGCAAAGAAACAUGGGGGUUCUGUUCAAGUAACCUUUGACCGACUAAAGGCAGGAAGUCUGCCUCCUAAGUUUAGCUCGGUUCAGGCGGAAUCCGGUCCACGGGAUCAGAUGACAUUAUCAUGUAUUGUUGAAGCUAGGGAUAUUGCUUUAGUUGCGUUUGCAACUCAAAACACUCCAGCAGCCAUGAAGCUUACAACGUGUGAAGUCAACAUUAAAGAAAUUAUUGGAAAGCUAAAGAUAGAGAUGCAAUUUCGUGUACAGUGUGUAAGUGAAGAAGUUGUAAUUGUGGCUAGUUUUGAUGGCAAACCAAACAUCAAUCUUUCAGUCAGACCUCAAAAUAUAAGCAAGGGAGAAACAGUUGAUAUGGCGGUUGUGGAGGAGGUGGUCAAGGGAGCUAUAAUAGGAGCAUGCACAUCUUUGAAUUUCCCAACGAUAGCACUCUCCAAUGACUCCAUGCUGUGCACAUCAUCCUCAACUGUGCCGCUGACAUCUGGAUUUAUUCCAGUGAAUGACAUUACCAGCAUGUUUAGUAAUGGAGCUCCAUCAAAACCACCAAGGACUAUUGGACGUAGGUUAAUGGUCAAAGUAAUCAAAGCAAAUGGUCUUCGUAACCGUGAUGGAGGAAUUUGUAGUGACCCAUACUGUGCCGUGGAAGUGGAUUGUCCUUUACAAAAACACAAGACCAUUGUCAUCAAAGGAUCCAGCAACCCAUUUUGGGAUGAACAUUUUCUUUUUACUGUGCCAUUACCCUGUACUGCAUAUACACUGUCUAACUGGCUUACUGCUUACACACUGUAUGACUUCCUUGGUGGGGCUGAAGUUCAAUUGGAAAAUCUAAAGCGUAAUCCAAGUACAAGACAGAUUAUUCCAUUACAGGGCAGGGGUGGACCAGAUGAUAAAGUUAAAGGUUCAAUAACUGUUGAGUUUUUAUUCAUGGAGCAUGCGGAAGCUCUUGAAGCCCACAAUAUGCUAAGUCCAUCAAAACCUGCGGCAUCCCCAUCAAAGAAGAUCGCAACCUUAAGAACCAUCGCAUCCGAUGGCACAGUUAUCACAACCGUCACUACAACAACUGCAAAGCCCAGGACAUCAUUGAAGGGGGUCAGUCAAAAUGUAUUUCCUCGCACUAACCCAUCAGUGCAGCGCCCUGCCUCUUGGUACCACUCAGCAUAUCAAGAUAUGCCAACGAAGGUUGUGACAACGUCCAACAUUGAAGGAGGCGAGUCCGGAUCAGUCUCAGGCGAUGCAGGAGAAUUGAUCAUGGUAACCGACCCAAAUGUGUCGAACAAUUCAGUUACUGAAGCAGCUAUUCGACAUCUGACAGAUCAAGGGCAGGAAUCUGCUGCAGCCCAGCCCAAGAAAAGCACUCUGAUAAUUGAGGGAGUGUCACGGAUACCAACAGAUGAACUCUUGACCUUGCCCCCUCCUAGUCCAGCAGACUCUUCAAGUUCGCAUGAAGGCUUCAAGAGAGGUAAGAUUUCAUUACUAAUAUGUAUUACAUAUUAACAAUAUAUAAAAUGU